AUGCGAUUCCCCCACAAGUCGCCCUUUUUGCUGCUAGCCCUGCCCGCGCUCGUCGCCGCGCUCCAGGACCCUGCCACCGCCGCUGGUGCCGCGGCUAUUGAUGAUGCCGUUGCCGUCGGCAAAAGUGAUGAUGCUACCGCACCCAAGGGUCGCACCGGCCUGCCCACCAAAGAUGCCCCCGUCGAUGGUCGCGACGGCAAGCCUCAUCAGGGCCCUUUUGUCGAGACAGACGGCAAGCCGGCGACAGGGAGCACCGACACCAAGUCACCAGCCACUGCGGAGAAAAUCAAGGGCAGACCACAAGACCCGACCAUGGUCGACGGCAAGAAGAUUCCCGAGUCCAACGAUGGCAUCAUGUUUGACAAGAACCGCGAAAAGGCCAAGGAGGGCACCACCGGCACCCAGGGUGGCGUUUCCGAGAAGGACAAGGCCCGCAAAGCCCAAGAAGGCAAGACGGGCGAGAGGCUCGUCACUCAACCAGAGUCUCCCAAGGAGAAGCUCCCCUUGCCCCAUAGUGAGGAGGAAAAGAUGAACGAGGGCAAGGAGAAGCCCAAAACCAAACCCCUAGACAAGGAAGCCAUCAAGGACGGCGACGCAGGUGGGUUCGCCGGGUUCGACAAGCCCGAUAACCUCGGCGAAAAGACGCGUGAGCAGCCCCCCGUGCCGCAAAAUGUCGACAAGGACCACCUCGAAAUCCACAACCCUACCACGACGACCACAAAAUCUUCAUCAAAAACGCCCCUUGCAGACGGUGACGAGGGCAUCAUUCAACCCUUCCACUCCUUUAUCCUCUCUCUCACCAUGAUUCUCGUAUCCGAAGUCGGCGACAAGACCUUUCUCGUCGCAGCCCUCAUGGCCAUGAAGCAUGACAGAAUGGUAGUCUUCUCCGCCGCCUUUGGAGCCCUGCUGGUCAUGACAUUUCUCUCCGCCAUCCUUGGCCACGCUGUGCCUACUCUGAUUCCGAAGCGCCUCACCAGCCUGCUCGCGGCUGGCCUCUUCUUCGUCUUUGGUGCCAAGCUGCUGCGCGAAGGCAUGCAGAUGGACCCCAACGAAGGUGUCGGUGCUGAAAUGCACGAGGUCGAGCAAGAACUUGCUGCCAAGGAAAAGGAGCUCGGGCGUGAUCGCAACGGUGUCAUGUCGGCGGAUGCCCUCGAAAUGGGCCUCAACGGCCGUGGAUCGCGUGCCAAGGGCCGCCUCGGCUCUCCUCCCCGCUCUCCGUCUCAGUCGCCUUCUCGCAACCCUUCGAGAAAGUCUGCCUCCAUGGGCGGUUUUCUAGGCGGCGCAAGCAACUUGUGUGGCCUACUCAUCGGCCCCAUCUGGGUGCAGACCUUUGUCAUGACCUUCCUGGGCGAGUGGGGUGACCGCAGCCAAAUUGCCACAAUUGCCAUGGCCGCUGGCCAGGACUACUGGUGGGUGACGCUGGGUGCUACUGUUGGCCAUGCCAUCUGCACCGGUGUCGCCGUUAUUGGAGGGCGAGCCAUUGCUGGCCGCGUCAGCAUGAAGGUUGUUACCGUCGGUGGUGCUGUCGCUUUCCUCGCCUUUGGUCUCAUCUACUUUGUCGAAUCAUUCUACGCAUAA